AUGGCGGAGCCGAGCGGGGCCGGAGCCGGAGCCGGGGCCGGGACUGGGGCCGGAACCGGGGCCGAGCCGGGGCCAGGGCCCCCGAUCCGGGUCACCGUCAAGACCCCCAAGGACAAGGAGGAGAUCGUGAUCUGCGAUCGCGCCUCGGUGAAGGAGUUUAAAGAGGAGAUCUCCCGGAGGUUUAAGGCCCAGCAAGACCAGCUUGUCCUGAUCUUCGCUGGCAAGAUUCUCAAAGAUGGAGACACGUUAAAUCAGCAUGGGAUCAAAGAUGGGCUCACUGUCCAUUUGGUGAUCAAGACCCCACAGAAGGCUCAAGAUCCUGCUGCUGCCACCACUGCUACCACUGCUGCUGCUGCCACCGCUGCUACUGCUGCUUCCUCUGUCCCAGAUGCUGCUUCUGCUCCAGCCCCCACGACAGCUUCACCUGCUGCCCCUGCUCAGCCAUCCACCUCAAGCAGCACUGUCCCUGAUGCUGCUAGUGGAAACCAGAGGAACAGUGGAGGUGGUCCAACCCCAGGAGCUGGGGAUGGGCCUUCUAGUGGGCCUGCAUCCAUACUCUCUGGCUUUGGGGGCAUCCUAGGACUGGGCAGCCUAGGCCUCGGCUCAGCUAAUUUCAUGGAGCUACAACAGCAGAUGCAGAGGCAGCUGAUGUCCAACCCUGAGAUGCUGUCCCAGAUCAUGGAGAAUCCCCUUGUCCAAGACAUGAUGUCCAACCCUGACCUGAUGCGCCACAUGAUCAUGGCCAAUCCACAGAUGCAGCAGCUCAUGGAGAGGAAUCCAGAGAUCAGCCAUAUGCUCAAUAACCCAGAGUUAAUGAGGCAGACCAUGGAACUGGCUCGAAACCCUGCCAUGAUGCAAGAGAUGAUGCGCAACCAGGACCGGGCCUUGAGCAACCUAGAGAGCAUCCCUGGGGGAUACAAUGCCUUGCGCCGCAUGUACACAGACAUCCAAGAGCCCAUGUUCAGUGCUGCUCGGGAACAGUUCGGCAACAAUCCCUUCUCCUCAUUGGCGGGGAAUUCUGACAGCUCCUCCUCCCAACCUCUCCGGACUGAGAACCGGGAGCCCCUCCCUAACCCCUGGAGCCCUUCAGCCCCCACCUCCCAGGCCCCAGGGCCCACUGGGGAGGGCACCGGAGGCUCAGGGACCAGCCAGGUGCACCCAACAGUCUCCAACCCCUUUGGGAUCAAUGCAGCUAGCCUGGGGUCAGGGAUGUUUAAUAGCCCUGAGAUGCAAGGUCUUCUCCAGCAAAUUUCAGAGAAUCCCCAGCUAAUGCAAAACAUGAUCUCUGCCCCAUAUAUGCGAAGUAUGAUGCAGACACUUGCCCAGAACCCCGACUUUGCUGCUCAGAUGAUGGUGAAUGUCCCAUUGUUUUCGGGAAACCCCCAGCUGCAGGAGCAGCUGAGGCUCCAGCUCCCUGUCUUUCUGCAGCAGAUGCAGAACCCAGACUCGCUGUCCAUUCUCACCAACCCCCGGGCCAUGCAGGCCCUACUACAGAUUCAACAGGGGCUGCAGACGCUGCAGACGGAGGCCCCAGGGCUGGUGCCCAGCCUUGGCAACUUUGGGGCACCCCGGAUCCCACCUCCCCCUGCAGGAGGUAGCAGCGGCCCAGAACCCCCCAUCACUUCCCCAUCCACACCAUCUAGUGCCUCUCCAGGAGGGGGCACCGCCAGCCCUCAACAGCAGCUGAUGCAACAAAUGAUUCAGCUUUUGGCUGGAGGAGGAAAUUCCCAGGUGCAGACACCAGAGAUUCGAUUUCAGCAACAGCUGGAGCAGCUCAACGCCAUGGGCUUCAUCAAUCGAGAGGCUAACCUGCAGGCCCUAAUUGCUACGGGUGGGGAUAUUAAUGCAGCCAUUGAGAGACUGCUGGGCUCUCAGCCCUCCUAAUCCCUGAGUCCAUCCCCUCCACCCCACCCCCCAUCCACAUAUGCACACCUAAACACUGACCUCCCCUACAUCGUUUGGUUCCUUUGACAGUCCCCGAACCUCUCCAAAUCCAUACCCUCAUCUCCUAUGACUCUUCACCCCCUGUCUCUCUGGUCUUCAAGCCUCUUCAGACAGUAAGGGGAGAGGCAUUUGGGGCAUGGCAACCUAACCUCAUAGCUCUGUCUUGAGUCUCUUGGUUCUAAUUGUGCAUCUCUCCUCCAUUCUGCCCCCGCCUGACCUUUGGCAAGAGAUAUUUAAGCAAUUUUGACUUUUUAGGGGGGUUUCACAACUCCAUCCCUGACUACCUCCCAUAUUUUCCAUAACUUAUCUUUAAUGGAACUGAGUCAUGGGAUGAUCGGCUUAAUUUUUCAGGGGAUAUUGAUCUGCCCCUCCUAGUUGAUUAUGGGAUCUUUUUGUGUCUAAUUCUGGCCAUACCCCAGCUUUCUUAUCAGAGCCCUCCCAUAACACUCCGCACCAGCUCCAUCUCCAACCUUACCCCACAUCCCUAAUGAAGGGUUUUGAGUUUUGAUGCUUCCAAAUGGUCUCCUGGGUGCAGGUGGAGCAGGCAGUCUGUAUAAGACACUCCCCUUUUCGUUCCCCCAGUAUAUACUCCUAUUCUGAACACCGUUUAUGUGCACAGUCCUUUUGGGGCCUUUUCUGUGAGAGAGGAAAGGAGAAAUUGUUGUCCUGUUGGGGAGGGAGAUGGAUACUCUUUCAGGAUACAGAAACAAAAUGGGAUGAUCCUGCCAGAGAGGGAUCUUGACAUCAGUGCUGCAGAUAUGGAGUGAGGCACAAAGAAGCUUCUUGGAGGAGAGAGUGGAUGUCCCAGUUCUAGGAGCAGGUCAAAAUGGGUAAAGAGUCAGCUAGAAAAAGCCAGCGGCCCUAGGGACAAAUUGUGGUUUGCUAGACUGAGGUGGAGAGUGAAUCUAGGAGAAAUGACUUAUAAAUCCUAAUUAGGGAUUGGAAUUAGAAGGGAGACAGGAUAUUUCUCAAUACCCACAAUGGUCCUUGUUGACUACAUAACCCCCAAGCACAGAAUGUUGAUACCGUUCCCUUUCACCUUCCCCCUACCCACCCACAGACACAAAGACAUUCUCCAUGUGCUCAAGACCACCAGGGGCUUGUCCAGGUCUGAAGUGACCAGUGCCUUUGGCCGUCCCCUGGGAAUUAGGGUUUGUCCCAGAAGGGGCUGGGAUUUUUUUCCCUGCCCUUCAAGGAUGUUGCAGGAAGGAGGGUCCUAUGUUCUAAUUUCAGAACCAUCUCCCCCAAAGAGAUAUAGGGGUUUGCCAGUCUGGGGGUGGGAUGGGAAUAGCUGGUAUGCAGAAGUCUUGAUGCCGAAUAAGGAUGAGCAUGCCUCUUUGAAAAGGGGCAGGGAUAUCACCCAACCAUACCCUCCCCCUCCACACUCACACAUAUACACACACAUGUACAUAGUCACCCCAACUUCUGAAUAUUGGUAAGUGCUUUGAGAUCAUAGGGUAGAAGAGGGAUGGGGGCUCUCAGCCUCUGCAUCCUGAGCCUAUGCCUUUCUUACCUCUGUGUUCAUUCCGCCCAAGUUCUUCCAUUUGUCCUUUAUGCCAGAAAACCCUGUUUGAAGGAGGAAGUGGUGACAAGUCAUUUUUUUGAGCUGGGGUUGGAGACCAAGAUAGUAGAGAACAGGCGCCUCAUCCCUACCCCAAUCCCAAUCCCAUGUAAAUAAAUGGCGUGAUCUUUGUCGUGA